AUGGGUGACGCGGCCAACGGUGUGACCGCUGAGGCGGAGCGAUUUGCUAUCGGUAUCUCGUUUGGCAACUCGUCCAGCUCGAUUGCUCGCAUUUCGCCGGAGGGUAAAGCAGAGGUCAUCGCCAACGAGGAAGGAGACCGUCAAAUCCCCAGCGUUCUUUCGUAUAUCGAAGGCGAAGAGUACCACGGCACGCAGGCCAAGGCCCAGCUUAUCCGGAACUCCAACAACACUGUCGCAUACUUCCGAGACUACCUGGGCAAGAACUUCAAGUCCAUCGACCCGACCCCAUGCCACCAAUCCGCCCACCCCCAGCAGAGCGAUUCGACCGUGGCCUUCUCCAUCCGUGACACCACCAGCGAGACCCCCAACUCCGUUACUGUCUCUGAGAUCACCACCCGCCACCUUCGUCGUCUGAAGAAGUCCGCCGAGGAAUUCCUUGGCAAGAAUGUCAACGCCGCCGUCAUCACCGUCCCCACCGACUUCACCGACGCCCAGCGUGAAGCCCUCGUCGCCUCGGCCAAGGAGGCCGGCAUCGAAGUGCUCCAGCUCAUCCACGAGCCCGUCGCCGCUGUCAUGGCCUACGACGCUCGCCCGGAGGCGACUGUGACGGACAAGCUGGUCGUGGUGGCUGACCUGGGUGGUACCCGGUCGGAUGUGGCCGUGGUUGCCAGCCGCGGCGGCAUGUACACGAUUCUGGCUACUGCUCAUGACUACGAGCUUGGUGGUGCCACCCUGGACCAGAUCAUUAUUGAUCACUUUGCCAAGGAGUUCAUCAAGAAGCACAAGACCGACCCCCGUGAGAACGCGCGCGGCCUGGCCAAGCUCAAGCUGGAGGGUGAGGCUACCCGCAAGGCCCUAAGCCUGGGAACGAACGCUCAGCUGAGCAUUGAGAGUCUGGCGGAUGGCGUCGACUUUGGCUCCACCGUCAACCGCACGCGGUUCGAGCUGCUGUCGGGCAAGGUGUUUGGCCAGUUUACCGGCCUGAUCGAGCAGGUGGUGAAGAAGGCUGACCUGGAUGUCCUGGACAUUGACGAAGUUAUCUUCUCUGGCGGUACCUCGCACACCCCCAAGAUCGCCCAACUGGCCCGCAACAUCUUCCCUGAGAAGACCAACAUUCUGGCCCCCGGCACCUCGACCUCGGCCAUCAACCCCUCGGAGCUGUCGUCCCGUGGUGCCGCCUUCCAGGCGUCCCUGGUGCAAGAGUUCGACCGCGAGGACAUCGAGCAGUCCAUCCACCCCAUGGUGACAGUCACCCCUCACCUGAGCAAGGCCAUCGGUGUGCAGUUCUCUGCCGGCGCCGAUGUCUCCUUUCAGCCCCUCCUCGGUGCCGAGACCGCCCUACCCGCGCGCCGCAUCGCGCAAUACUUCGCCCCCAAAGAGGGCGGCGAUGUCCUGGUCCGCGUGUGCGAGGGUACCCGCGAGAUCAAGGUCACCAAGCCCGAGCCCAAGGAGAAGCCCGCCAAGACCGAGGAGAACGAGGACUCCGAUUUCGAUUCUGACGAGGACGAGGAAGAGGACAUCCGCGAGGUUGUCUGGCAUACCGAGAAGCCUGUCGCCGAGCUUGCUGUCAAGGGCACCAAGCCUGUCGGCAAGGUCGAGGUUAUGGUUCAUGUCAACCAAGACCUGGGUCUGCAGAUUGCCGUGCGCGAGGUUGGUGGCCAGAAUGCCGUCCGUGGUGCCAUCAACGGCUCUGCGUAA